AUGUUACAACCAGCUUUUCCCGUUGUUCAUAAACAAUAUGUAACUUCUUUAUAUAGACGUUCCCUAAGAACGGCUUUAGAUUGGUAUGUAGAUCGUUCUGCAUGGCGUCCUGUAGCUUUAGAAAUUCGUGCUCGUUUUGAAGCAAAUAGAAAUGUUGCUUCCUUACAAGAAUUACGUAAAAUUUUACUCGACACUGAAAAAGAACUUGAAAAUUAUAGUCAUCCUGAUCCCUAUAAAUAUGGUUCAAAAUGGGAAAGGAAUAUUCCUCCGCCUUUGUUUGCUGAGGAAAAUUAUGAUCAUCAUUAA